UCGCCGCCUCCACGCGCCACUCAGGUGGCCCCGCGAUCACCGGUUGCGCAGGGGUCCAAUUGACCGCACGCCCCAGACCUGGCUCCUGGAGCACCGCGUCCCCAAUGGCCGGCGACCCCUGGCGGAGGGAGGAAGGGAAGGUCCCCGGCGACAGCAGACCCACGGCGGGGGCCAGGGGUCCCCUGCGCCUCCGAGACUGGCUGGUGGCGCAGAUCGAGAGCGGGCGCUACGCGGGGUUGCGCUGGGAGGACGAGGGCAAGACUCUCUUCCGCAUCCCCUGGAAGCACGCAGCCAAGCAGGGUUACCAGGCGCAGCAGGACGCGGCGCUCUUCAGGGCCUGGGCCAUAUACAAGGGCAAGCACCUGGAGGGCACUGACAAGGAGGACCCCUCCACUUGGAAGACUCGGCUUCGCUGCGCUCUCAACAAGAGUGCCGACUUCUGUGAGGUGCGUGAGCGCAGCCAGCUGGACAUCUCCAACCCCUACAAGGUCUACCGGCUCGCAUCCGACGGUGCCCAUGGCCCAGUUGCCAGGGCUUGUUCUUCCUCUGCAGAGAAGGGCACUUCCCAGAGCCAGCGGGAGCCCCCUCGAGAAGUGACGGAGCCAGCCUGCAGGACAGACCGGGUUGGCUCCGGAUCCGCCACAGAGGAUGAAGACAAGGAGAAGCCCCUCAGGCUGGCCCAGCAGGGCUCAUCGCCACCAGCCGCCCUGCUCCCAGGCCCUUUGGCUGAUCACAGAUACCAGGCACAGCACCCUGUACACACCUGGAGUCCUGUGCCCUCUGAGGCCUUCAGCAACCCAGAUUGCUGGCUGCACGUGCGACUAUUCUACGGCGCGGAGCUGGUGCGCGAAGCCACCGCGCGCGCGGCGGAGGGCUGCCGACUGAGCCCGCGGGCAGCGGUCCCCUCCGCUGCGGAGCGCCUGCUGGGGCCGCCGCCGCGCAUCGCGCAGGUUCGUUUCCCGGAGCCGCCGCCCGGAGCCCGCGUGCUGCGGCGCCUGCUGCCGCACUUGGAGCGCGGCGUGCUGCUGUGGGUGGCGCCCGAGGGCGUGUUCGCCAAGCGCCUGUGCCAGGGCCGCGUGUACUGGCGCGGCCCGCUUGCCCCGCACCGCGAGCAGCCCAACAAACUGGAGCGCGAGCGCACCUGCCAGCUGCUCGACACGCGCCGCUUCCUCGCAGCCCCUACAGUCUCAGCGCCCGUAGAAUUGCGGGCCCACCUGCAGGAUGGUCGCCCGGAGCCUGAGUACCAGAUCCGACUGUGCUUCGGUGAGGAGUACCCAGGUCCCCCGGACCAGCCCCAGGAGCGGCUCGUCAUGGCCCACGUGGAGCCCGUCUUUGCCAGAGAGCUCCUGCUACACUCGAGGCACCGCAGCCACAGAGCCCUGGCGGCUGGUCCCUAGCCUACAUAUCUGAUGGCAUCACUCCCUUGAUGACGCAGUGGAGUCAUGGAGUCAACCCUAAGCAGCCACUUCCUCCUCUCGUACCCUCUAAAGGCAGCCCCCCACAUGGCAUGGGCGCACCCCAGCUCUGCACAAACUGAGCCAGUGGACUUGCCCACAUGGGUUGGGACGGGGGAAGCUGAUCGUGGCCUUCAACCUCUGAGCCGAGGAGACGCAGCCCUGGAACGUGGUUCACAGAUUGCCGGGCCGAAGCUGGGUCUGGGGCGUCAGGCGGAAACUGAACUCAAUCUUGAGAUUCCUGAAAUAGAAAUUAGGGCAGAAGAAACAAGACUUCAUCUGUUGAUUGAGAACCCAACAUGCCUACAGUGGUUUAUCUAAAGCUGACCUUACCUGUGAUUAUAAGCUUUGCUUAAAACCGAAUUUACCAAUAA